AGAACGAGGCUACAAACCAUGCAAGCGACAGUGAAGACAGUCAAGGCGGAAGCAGAAGAAUCAUGCGAUACACUGACGAAGAUGAAGAUGCAUGCAGACCUCGAGAUCCGGAAAUUGCAGAGUGACGUUGGUCAGAUGAUAUCUGCCUUUAAGAAUUUGACUCAGUUUCAAAACAAUAUGAGCAAGUUGUUGGAGCAUGAUCUUCGUUCAAGUAUGGUUGGAGCAAUACUACAGAAGACGGGUUCAAUCAAGUCCCGCACUCAGGAUCUCAAAGAAAUCAGAAGAAAGAUCUUCGCCUUGAAGUGCCAGAUCCCGUCAUCGCUCUACAAACAGUCAUCCAGGGUACUGUUGAGCAUCACGGAAUCUCUAGCCGAUGAGGAUAUUGUUGAGAUCAGUGAGACCGGGAUUAUAUGCUUGCCUGCAGGCCUCCACGUUGCUGAGGAAUUCGAAAAAUCCUCAGCUUUUGAAGAAGUUGUUGAGAAAUUUCAAGGCCUUGAUGACUUCACUCAGAAGCUCUGCUUGUUGUCCUUCGCCGUGUUCCCGGAAAACAGAGAGGUUACAAGGACAAUGUUGAUGUAUUGGUGGAUCGGAGAAGGUUUCAUCAGUUGUGAUGAUUUUGAAAACUCAGUAAAGAGAAUUCUUGAUGCAUUUUCAGCAAAAAAAUUACUUGAGCCUGUGGAAGAUGAGAGGAAACUGCUACCAAAUAGUUAUAAGAUGGAGCCUCAUGUGCAUUCUGCAGUUAUAUACUUAGCCAAAGAAAUGGAUCUAUUUGCUAGCCAUAAUGGGAAGCUUAUCAUGAAGAAAUCAUCGAAGAAAAAGGUCUGCCUAGUAAAAGAUUCCUCGUUGCUACGAGAAGCAAAAACAUCUGCAAUGAAACCGGGAACCUUGCAGACGGUGUUCAAUUCCUCUGAACGGUUCCCUGAUUUCACAUUCAAGUGGUUUCCGUUAAUGGAUUCACUUAGAGUGCUUUAUUUAGGAAGAUGGGAGCGGACGGAUGAGCGCCACAUUGAAGUUAAGAACACAGAGUUUCUUAAAAAUAUAAAAUCACUGAAGAAGCUGUGGCUUGCAAGUUUUAAAGGGAUCUCAGGAAUCGAAAAGAUCGAAAACUCUGUUUGUGCGCUCCAAAACUUGGUGAUCUUGGAUCUUAGAGCAUGCUACGAUCUACAGGUUCUUCCUAACGAUAUAGGCUCACUUGAGAAUCUGAUUUACUUGGAUGUAUCAAAGUGCCUUAUAGAUCGCAUGCCUAAUGGGUUUGAAAGACUCUCAAGAUUAGAGGUUCUUAAGGGAUUUGUGAUUAGUCAGUCAGAUGAUGAAGACAAUUGUGCAUUUAAACACCUGGUGAAGCUGAGGAAGCUAAGCAUAACCAUAAAAAAUAACCGUUUCAAGGCGGAAAAUCUAAUUGAGUCACUGAGAGACCUCAUGCGACUUGAGAGUCUGACAAUCGCAUGGAGAGCGCGAUUCCCUGUGGAUGACCGAAGAGGAGAAGAAACUAAAGAAGCAGAGGAGUAUGGAGAAACAACAAACGAGGAGAAGGAGAACCAAAACAAGAGAUGGAUAAGAAUGCUAGAAAAUCCAGCAAUAGAUGAUAUCUCUAAGCUUCCUUCUAGUUUGAAGAAGUUGAAGCUAGAAGCUUACCCUGGCAAAUACCCUCCAAGUUGGUUAAAUCCCAAAAAUCUUUACAAUCUUGAAAAGCUCUCCAUCGAGGGAGGAAACCUUAGCAGAAUCAGUGACGAACCUCCAACAGAAGAAAACAGUUUCGGCGUUCAGAUCUUGCGUUUGAAGUAUCUUCAUGAAUUCAUGGUUGAGUGGAGAGAUUUGCAAGCUCUGUUUCCAAAUAUGAUACUGUUGGAGAAAUAUCAAUGCCCAAAAGUCACAUUCUGUCCCACAAAUGGUAAUGGUGUCUGGAAGAGGUCGCAGCCACAGAUGGUAAUAGAGUCUAAAGGUUCCAGCCUAGUCCGACCCCAAAAAAAAACCGACCGCGGAAAAGCCCGAAAAUGUUGGUGCUUGUAAAGCUUGCGGGUAGACCUGCCGGGUUUUGAGUUGGCCCAUGGGUACUAUGUGUAUGUAUUUUAUUCAAGUGAAGUAUCGCUAGUUUGAUUUUGGUCAUUCAAUAUAAUUUGCUUAUACAGUACUAUGUUACUACUCUGCAUCAAUUAUGUACGUACAAUUUGAACUCAAGUUAAGUCGGAUUUCAAAACGAAAUUUGAAUAAGUAAAUUAAUUUUCA